CAGUCAGUCUGUGACGUACUGUGUUGGCCCCAUACAGCCAAUAGUACCUGGCAUCAGCGUUUAACGGGAAUAAACGCAACCUGGCACCAAACAUUACAUUAAAUUGAACCAAUACAGACAGACCGCUACUUAUUCCGCCAUUUUCACCCUACUACCUAACCCACACCGUUCAUAGGCUAACCGGAGGAUCAGCAAACAUGUUCUACACCUGCGGUCCCAACGAGGCUAUGGUGGUGUCAGGGUUUUGUCGUUCCCCUCCUCUGAUGAUACCUGGAGGCCGAGUGUUCGUCAUCCCGUGUAUCCAGCAGAUACAGAGGAUUUCCCUGAACACUCUGACUCUGAAUGUGAAGAGCGACAAAGUCUACACCCGCCACGGUGUGCCCAUCUCCGUCACCGGCAUAGCCCAGAUGAAGAUCCAGGGCCAGAACAAACAGAUGCUGGCUGCCGCCUGCCAAAUGUUCAUGGGGAAGUCCGAGCCCGAGAUCGCCCAUAUCGCCUUGGAGACGCUGGAGGGACACCAGCGGGCCAUCAUUGCCCACCUGACCGUUGAGGAGAUCUACAAGGACCGAAAGAAGUUCUCUGAACAGGUUUUUACGGUGGCUUCCUCGGACCUGGUCAACAUGGGCAUCAGCGUGGUCAGCUACACGCUCAAAGAUGUUCACGACGACCAGGAUUAUCUGCAUUCGCUGGGGAAGGCUCGGACAGCCCAGGUUCAGAAAGACGCUCGCAUCGGAGAGGCCAAGAACAAGAGAGAUGCUGUGAUCAGGGAGGCCCAUGCGAUGCAGGAGAAAGUUUCAGCUCAGUACAAGAAUGAGAUCGACAUGGCGAAGGCCCAGAGGGACUAUGAGCUGAAGAAGGCCACCUAUGACAUCGAGGUCAACACUAAGAAGGCGGAGUCAGAGAUGGCCUACCAGCUGCAGGUGGCAAAGACGAAGCAACGCAUUGAGGAGGAGAGGAUGCAGGUCCAGGUGGUGGAGCGGACACAGCAGACCAUGCUGCAGGAGCAGGAGAUCACCCGCAAGGAGAAGGAGCUGGAGGCCAAGGUGAAGAAACCAGCGGAGGCUGAGAGGUACCGCCUGGAGAAACUGGCCGAGGCUCAGCGUCUUAAGUUGAUCAUGGAGGCGGAGGCCGAUGCCGAGUCCAUCAGGAUUAAGGGUGAGGCCGAGGCGUUCGCAGUGGAGGCCAAGGGUCGCGCCGAGGCGGAGCAGAUGGCGAAGAAGGCAGAGGCCUUCCAGCAGUACAAGGAUGGAGCCAUGGUGGACAUGCUGCUGGAGAAACUGCCUCUGAUGGCGGAGGAGAUCAGCAAGCCUCUGUGUGAAGCCAACAAGGUUACCAUGGUGUCCAGCGGAGGCGGGGAGGUGGGCGCCGCCAAACUGACGGGAGAGGUGCUGGACAUCAUGGUUCGCCUCCCCGCGGCUGUGGAGAAGCUGACCGGAGUCAACAUCUCCCAGGUGACCUCUCAUACAGGCUGAAGAGAAUCAACCCCCCCCCUCUGUCUUAUCAGCUGGACUCUGCAUGAGUCUGCGAACACUUACACACUAACACAGCCCGACUCCUCUACUCACAUGUCUGUCUUACAUCAUCUGGUCAGCUGUUUCCCCCACGUAGCUGUGGACAUGCUCACUGAUACCCAUCUGGGUUUAAGUAUUGUGCUCCACUGGCUACUGUUACAGUUGUUGUUUCACUUGUUUUUUAGUCCGCUGGUACUGACUUACAUUCAGCAUAAACACAAAGCAUUCAAACUACAAUACUUCCAGCAUAUUUUCUCUUCAUAUUUCGGGCCUGUGACUUAAUUUACAUUGGCAUCGAAAGAUGGCAACAGAUGUGACAGUAGCCUCUGUGUAUCCCGUACUUUUUAAACCUUCGCUUUAGACUUGGUCUGAACAGUCUCAUGUCCUUUCCUACCUUCUUGUCCCUGCGGUGGGUCACAUGUUGUGUGUCUGUGCUCAACUUUAAUGUCUCGUUCAUAACUGCCUGUCCACUGCCUUGCUGCUGAACCUUAAGUGCAUCUUAACACGACCACGCGUUGGAAACCUUCAUCUCCUGCUAACAUUGCGUCGUUUAAUACAGGACCAAAACCACAGCCUUUGGUUUGAGCCAUCACUCAUUUCUCCCCAUGGGAUUCAUAAUUCAUAUCUAAUGUAUCAAGGGGGAUUAGUUUAGUCAUCAGACCUUUACUUACAGGUCAGCAAAAUUGUGGUGCCAUCUGUAUACCAUUACUAUGUAUUGUACAUCUAUUUUUGUAUCAUUGUUUUCUAUCUAAUAUGUGUGUUUUCCAUCCACACUGGUGUGUUCUAGUCUUGUCCUGCUGAAUCAGUGUGAUAGGAAGAGCCUUUGCUGAAGGCAUACCAGUAUAAUAUAGUAUUAACCAUUAAACCCCUAUGCAGCAGCCCCAUACCACCUUUCCCUGUGACUUUAGACAGAAAUAUUAGCAAACGUGCAUGUUCACUAACCCUAACCCACAGGUGUUCCCUGACUUCAGGUUUUACACUACGCACUUAAACAUGUCUCUUAUCGACUUGAUAUUUUUAUAUCUAUCAUCAGAGCACUGCAGUGGUCACUUUAAGUCUUUCUACUGGAUGCCAACAAAGUCGUCAAUUCAGAGAAACUCGGCUCACUUUACUGUUAACCUCGCUGUACUUCAAUCUAGUCAACGGCAUACAACGUCAGUAUAGAAUCGUUUUCUGGAUAAUCCGAUGCUGUGAUGGCCGUCAUAGGUAAAGUCCUCUCUCUCUCGGUCCCUCCCAAGCAGUGGGGUCACAGGUCAAGGGUCCUGUCUUCUCCCAAGGACACUUAAACAGAUUCAGGCUAAAACAGGAGCUUGAACCUGGAUCUUGUGGUUCAGGUUCCCUUGAGUCUUUGCCGCCCAGUCAUACAUACACUGUACUAGAAGUAUUCUUUAAGUAAAGUGGCACCCUCUGUGUUGUUUUGGCACAGUUAUGUAGCAGCUGUCAUAAAGGUGUAGCGUGUGGAACUGAAGGUAAGCGUGGUGUAGAGUAUAGCCUUAGCCUUCAAUUGUAGCAGUGGGAAUACCACAGUGUCAUUAUGAGUGGAUUGAAAUGCUGAACUAUAAAUCUUUUAUUUUUUAAAUGAAUAAUGUGAAGAGAUGCUAAACGGUCCGUUAGACAGCUGAUCGUCAAACGACGGCCGCUUGUACUUCAGGGAAAAGGAUGUUGAUGAAGAUGAAGAGAUGAAGGUUCGAUAGCAUUCAUCAGGAGUGAUAGAUUGCUCGUCAAUCUUGCUGUAUUGUGCACUCUUCUUAUUUGUUAACUUAUUUAUUUAUGAUACAAAGUUAUUACCAAACAAUCCAUUGUAAGGAAGUGAACAUAUAUUUUGUACGAGUAAGUUCUCAUGUUAGAGUCGAUGCAUCUGUCCCCCAGAAUGAUGUGCUAGUGAAGGUCUCAAGAAGCCCUGAGAGGCAAAAAUCAGAAAAAAUCAUUCCGGUGAAUCCUUUUGUGAGUCUAAUGUAAACAUGGGGCAGUGGUACUCCUCAGCUCCUUGUGGCCAAAAUAAGUAUUACAACAACAACAACAACAAAAUGCACCUGACACAAACCUUCGUUCUUCAGCUGUUUUCACAGAUGAAAAAAAGGACCUUAAAAAAAAUGAAUAAACAAUUUCCCCACAAAAAAUGUAAGGACACAGAGCGAUGAACCUGACAAAACCCCUCAAGUCCUAAACACAGGAGAGAAAACAAGUUAGGUCAGACUUAGGAAAUGGUUCACCGGGAUUGCUGUUUUCUCACUUGCGUCUCUGUGCUUCUGUAUAGCUCCGAAGUGAUAGUUCCUAAAAAGUGAUGCAACUUGCCUUAUACCCUCUCACACCGUCACCCUCCACCCAUAAGCUCCGAGGGCUGGGUGGGUAUCAAAGAAUCUUACAAUGAAAACACAUUUGCUUUUCUUUCGAUUUAGAAAAUGAUUUGCAUGUGUGAUUUUCUUUGACUGAGCUGUCUGACAGCGUUAACUUUAACCAGUGGUCCUUUCUGUUUCCUCCAUGGUACCCAGCCUUGACAGCUCACUAUUUAUCUUUCUGUGACUGCUGAUUACAGCACAGCCAAAUGUAUUAAAAUGGAUUACUGAAGGUCCAUUUCAUUUGUUUGAAGGUGAAUUCUACUGUUAUUGUGCAUGCAUCCAUACCCCCAACACUUUAACUGUAAUUGAAUCUGUUUUCAGUCAGGACGCUGUGUGCUGUGUGCUGAGAUUCAUUGGUGAGCUAUUGAAAAGGAAACGUGACCGUUGUUCCUCUGUAAUGGGAUGUUAAGCACAAUGAUGUGCACUACAUAUAGAUGUGUUUAUACAGUAUAUAUUUGAUAUUUAAUACAGUUGCACUGUUUGCUUCACAAGUCACCAUUAACCACUCUACUAACUCUUACUAACAGCAGUGCUUCAGUAUACAUGUAUUUAAGCUAUAAUCGGUUUCAGUGUUUUUUCACCUCACUGGUAAAGUUCAGGAAGAUGCCACUUUGUAGCUUUUUAUUUACUGUCUGUGCACUUCAGGAAACGUGUGUUUCUAGGAAGAUACUAUUCAAACCUGUACCCAGUAAAGUUGUCAUUAAAUUGCAAAAGGGAAACCACUUAUGCCCUCUACUAUUUCUGAAAACAAUAAUUACAUUAUAUAAUCAACUGCUGUGUUUGUUAUUAGUCUUUACGCUUGUGUUAUUUCUGAUUACACAUGUGAUGUGUGCAUGGUUUUAGCUUUGCAUAUUUGUUCCAGUUUUUAUCAAUGUGUUGGUUUUGCAUUGUAACUGCAUAAUCUUUUUUAUGGGGAGCCCAUGAAGAAGCUCUCACGUGCUUGGUGUAGUCCGAAUAAACUGGAUAUUUUUAAGGCCUUUCUUUCAUUGAUCUGUCACAGAAUGUUGAUUUUAGUUGUCUGGUUCACACUUAAACUGACGUUCUCUACUGUUUGCACUGAGCAGCCCCGUUGGAGCUACAGUGCCUUGCCCAAGGGUAACUAUCUGGUGUAGUUGUACCUGUUGUUGCAUCUCAAUUUAUUUAAUUUUUUCCUGGGAUUCCAAACCAGCAACCACGUAGACACAGCCCUGGUUCUCACCCUAAUGCUAAAGCCAUGAUAACUGAUGAAGAAAGAAGUAGGUCUAUUUCUCUGGCAGAAACUACUUCAUCUGAUGUGGACGUAAAGUACAAAUUGAAAAUAAUAACAGUGAUUGGAUAUUAAAGAUACAAGAACCCUGCAGCAAUGCGGACGUUUUAAAAGGGAUGAGUGGCUUUUAAAAGAUAAAUUGAGGAUUGUUUUGUAGGAAUAUAGCCGAGCAAAAUGUAGAUAGAAAUUGAUCAUCUUAUUAAUGUUCUCAAUCCCACACACUGACGGGAUAAAUAACAGGCUUUACCGGAAGACACUGUGUUGGACUAUUGGCAGAUGUGUCAAGUUAGCUAGAGAUAGCCGAUCUACUGCAGGAAGUAAGACAAAGGCAUUUAUGUAUUUGUUCUUAUUAAUCUAAUUUGAAUUCUGGUCAAACUCACAUUCACAAACGCAGACGAAACAAAGAAUGUGUGCAAUACCUUCAGUUCAUUUAUUUUCAAACACUCGCGUGUUUAUUUUACGUUGAUUGGAUUUGUCUCAUUUCCGGUAUCUUUUUUUGUCUGGCACUCUUUUUCCUUUAUUUUCGCAACACUUCAUCAACAUGAUUCUGAUGUUUACGUUUGAUACUAUGUAUGCUGACAAUUUUAAAUAAAGAUUAAUAAAAAAAAAAAACUAAAAGAUGAGGAAAUAAGAGGAUUUCUUCUUCAAAAUUCAAAAUUCAGACAUCAACCGUCUGAGAACACCAGGUAUUAAUAUGUGUAUAACACACAAUUCAAAA